AUGCUUGAAGUGCGUGCGACGUCAGUCGAGGGAGGGAGUCAACAAGAUCGAGGAGACGAAGAGGCACCAAACCAACAGCUUCGAUCCAUUUCGGCCGCUAUGACUCCAAGAGCUACAGCUGACCAGAUGCCUGACGAUGACAACGCUGCAACGAUUGAUAUGGACAAGACGACGUUUGUGACCGAGAGCAAUGGCGCGUAUGGAUACGGAGGUCACGCGACACUGCGGAUCGACGAGAUGCGUCGGAACGAGUUCCCGCAGCUGCAACAGCGCGUGCAUUUGGACCACGCAGGCGCAACAACGUACGCACAGACGCAGCUAGACGCUGUGUUCCAAGAGCUCCAGCGUGGGCUGUUCACGAACCCCCACAGCGCAACUCAUCGAAGCAAUGUCGCGUCAACAACUACUGCCCAGAUUGAACACGUUCGACGUCACGUGCUGGCGUUUUUCUCGGCCAGUGAAGAAGAGUACACGCUGAUCUUCACGGCAGGGGCGACGGCGGCACUAAAGCUCGUCGGUGAGAGCUUUCCGUGGACUCCAGACAGCACGUUUGCGUAUUCCAUGGACUCCCACACGAGCGUGCUUGGGAUCCGAGAGUAUGCAGCAGCACAGGCGUCAACGAUACAGUGUGUUGGACUCAAGGCGCUCGAACAGCUUGAGCGAGGAACAGCCAACAGCCAGCAGCGGUCAGUAGACGCUGCGUGCUCUCAGCCCCAGUCCGAUGCUGCUUCCACGAGUUUGUUUGCGUUCCCGGCGGAGUGCAACUUUAGCGGCACUCGCCAUAACUUCAACGCCAUUGUGGAUCAAGUUCGUGCCGGUCGCUGGAAAAGCUCAACGAACAAGAACACACGGUGGAUGGUGCUGGUCGAUGCAGCCAAGUACGCGGCAACGCACCGUCUCGAUCUCUCGACGCAUCACCCUGAUUUCGUAGUGCUUUCGUUUUACAAAUUAUUCGGGUACCCCACAGGGCUAGGAGCACUAGUCAUGCGGAAAUCUGCAAUGUCGCACUUGAAGAAGCCCUACCAUGGCGGUGGAACAGUGCAAAGCAUCUCGGCCGAGCGAAACUAUUUCGUUCCACGUGGGACGGCCGACGAAUCCGACAUGAGCUCCCGUUUUGCUGAUGGCACGCAGUCGUUCCUGUCGAUCCUUGCGCUGCGACACGGAUUCGAGCAAAUAGAGAAGCUGGGAAUGGCGAGUAUCUCAGCCCACACUGCAGCGUUGAGGACGUUACUUGUUGGUAAACUGACUGCUCUAAAGCACUGGAACGCGCGACCGAUCUGCAAGAUCUAUGGCAAUCACAGCAGCAACUCGACAGCAGAUGAGCAGGGACCGAUUGUGGCCUGCAACUUUCUUCGUCCGGACGGCAGCUACGUUGGAUACAGUGAGGUUCACAAACUGGCGGACAUUCACGACAUCCUUUUGCGAACUGGCUGUUUCUGUAAUCCAGGUGCGUGUCAGCACUACCUCGGACUACAGGAUUCUGACUUGAUGUCAAAUAUUGCAGCUGGUCAUGUCUGCGGAGACGACAUUGAUGUGGUGAACGGACUGCCGACUGGUGCAGUUCGAUUGUCAUUCGGGUACAUGACAACAUUCGAAGACAUUGCAGCUUUUGUAGAGUUCGUGUCCAAUUAUUUCACCUGCAAAACACCACCGGCAUCACCGACGCCAAGCUCAAUGUCUGUAUCACUUGCUCCAGAACCUGUAUCGAAAAGACGUUACCUCUGCAAGAUCACACUAUUCCCGAUCAAGUCGUGCUCUGGCAUGGGUGUCGACGCGUGGCCUAUCGGAUCAAGAGGACUGUUGUUCGACCGAGAAUUCGCGAUCGUAGAUGUGUCCACGGGUAAGGCACUAACGCUUAAGGCGUUACCAGAGCUAUGUUUCAUAGUUCCCGUCGUCGACCUGGAACGGGAAAUACUGACGAUUUCCUAUCGUCCACCCGACGAAAACUCAAUGUCGUGGCAGUCGGCAGUGUCUCCAUCGUCACUUACAAUAUCGCUACGUGCAGACGUUCCGACUAUACAGCACAACAACGAAAGAGAUUCUCGAAGCAUGUGCGUCUGCGACAGCAAGUUCAAAGGACGUGACGAAGGCUCUGAUGUCUCUCAAUGGCUGAGCUCGUGUCUUGGUCGGCCUUGCACGCUGGUGCGCGUUGCUAACGACCACGUUCGUACCUCGCGAUCCAAGCCGACAAUCAAUGCAAAUGCAACUGCGACGAACCAACGGCUCGAAGGCCCGACCACAACAAGCCAAGUGCCUCAUCCUCCGUCGAUCGGGUUUGCUAACCAGGCACAAUACCUGCUCAUCUCCCGCCAGAGCGUCGCCCACUUCAACGCAAAGCUCGCUGCCUCCAACGUCUCUAUGAGCAUCAACGAAGACGCGUUCCGAGCCAACCUCAUUGUCGACGGAUGUACCGAGUCGUUCGAAGAAGAUCAGUGGCAUCGCGUGCGUCUCGGCGACAGCGUGUUUGAUGUCUCGGGUCCGUGCAGUCGCUGUACCAUCAUUAAUCUGGAUCCACACACGGGUCAGUUCCAGCGACAGCCGCUGCAGGUUUUGUCCAGCUACCGACGGCAGCGCAGCAGUAUCUUCUUUGGCCAGUACCUUGCGUCGACUUCGGAGACCGGAUGGCUUCACGUUGGCGACGAUGUUGAAGUGGACGCCGGUGCCGCAGCCAGUCAAACGCGGGUGCUCGAUCCCUUGCAAAAGCGAUGA